AAGCUGGGGAACCCCCAUUUCAGGUGCAAUCAACAUGGCGAAUGAAGCGCCAGACCCGCGAACGUUCAAAAGCUGGGAAGAUGCCUUCCAAUAUCCCAUUCCCGUGGUCCGGAAGCUGGAGCAACAGCUUCGCUCCAACGCCGAUGAGAAUCGCGAGAAGCUGCGGUCACUCGUGGGAGCAAGCUACCGCAGCCUCCUCGACACCGCCGAGACUAUCAUUGACAUGGAAGCCCGGAUGGAGCAGGUGGAAUCUAAGCUGGCAAGAGUAGGGCAGAACUGCAAUUCCCGGAACUUGGAACGUAUAACGGGCAAUGCGGUCAAAAUGGAUACACAUAAGCGGAGUCGCGGGGGCGAGUGGUUGACGACGGAAACAGACCUGGAGCGGUACACGUUCGCUUCGCAGCUCGCUGUCCUGCGGAAUUGCCCCGUCGUUAUGACACGGUUGAUGAAAUCCGGAAGCUCGUACCUGCUCAUUGCGAAAGUCCUCGUUAUCUCGAGGUUGCUGCACAAGGCGCUCUCGCAGUCGAUGAGCAAGCCGCCCAUUGUGGAUCAGCUUUGGGAGAGGCUUCUUUCCGUACGACGGAAGCUCCUGCGGCGCAUAGAUAAGUGCCUAGCGAGCACUACGGGAGACACGUCGACGCUAGUUGAAAGCAUGUGCGCGUACGCUCUUGCGACGAGUUCGACGCCUACCGAUGUGCUGCAACAUUUCCACAAGAUUCGGAUGGAGAAGAUUACCGCCUCGUUGCAGCAUGGCGAUGAGCUGGCUAAGCACGGGAUUAGUGCUCUACGGUUGUGUAUUCAGACGUGUCAGGAUACACAGGCGAUAUUUCCGCGGCGGUUGGCAGAGUCUCUCGCGAAGCUCAAAUCACUACCUCUUGUCAAGGAUUCAGAGGUUCGUGGGCUAUACGAGCUGAAUCUAGAUGUCCAUGAUCGAUGGAUAGGAGACGAGGCUCGCAAUUAUACUCCCUGGCCGCGGCACGACGAGCUCCAGAGAUCGGAGGCGGAAAGGAUACUGCACCAAUGGUCCAGGCAAGCUAUUGCUGCAUUCCUCAAGGGCAUCAAAACGGCACUUGGGAAAGAUGACCGGCUUAAAGAAGUCGCAUCGUUGCGACAGGAACUAAUCGAAACUUGGAUCCUGUCCGGCUCGCGGAUGGCAGGCGUAAAAUCAGCGAAUGUCCUGGACGACCUGCGCGACACGAUAAACAGCCACCUGGAAUCCAUCAUCCGAUCUCGAACACAAUACCUAGAAAACGUGGUAUCCGAACUGACACGCAUGCUCGAGUCGGGAACGUCCGCGAAAGCGCACACUUCUCUAUCCCUGUGGAGUACAGUACCAAAACCCGCGGAUCUAAGCAACGGCGCUCAAGCCUUCAAAUCCAGGAUCCUAAACACACAUCAAGGCCGCGACGCCUCCGUCAUCGAUAUCGUAUCCACAUUUGACAAGUGGAUGGACUCCGUGCUCGAAGUGAAAAGCAUCGCGAAAUCGAUGAAAGAAGCACGGUGGGAUGAUACCUUCGCGGAUGAUGUAGGCGAUGACGAUGAUGACGACUUCGGAGAUUCAAAGCAAAUCCUGCUCAGCCACGACGACCCCCGACUGCUGGAAGAAGUGACACAAGAGGCGCUUAGUGAAGCGUUGAAGAAUCUAGGAAAGAGCUUUAAUCAAAUUGUACAGCAUCUGGCCGGGGCUAGUGAGGAUGGAGGCGUACAGCAGGCUUGCUUUGUGCUAAGAGUCAUGAGAGAGAUCGGAGAGAGGAUUCCAAAGCUGAGGCUGCAGGACAAGGCGACGCCACUUGCGACGCCCUUCACGACUGAGCUGUCGAAGCCGCUGCACGGCGCGCUCGGCCGCCAAAUUGUCCAGCCGUCUACCAAAGCGUAUAAGAAGUCGCUAGCUGCUGCGACCAAAGCGAGCUCAAAGAGCCACAUCCUCUGGGAGGGCAAUCCAGUGUUGCCAGCCCAACCGACUCCAAGCGCCUUUAGGUUCCUUCAAGAUCUAAACAAGAGCAUGGCAGGCUAUGGAAGUGACCUGUGGGCUCCGAGUGGUGUCAAAGUCCUUAAGACAUUAGCUUGCGAACAGCUCCCUCCAGUCCUCAUGGAGAACAUGGAUGCCAUCAGCAAGAUAGGCAGCGAGAAGCCCACCCAAGAAAUCAAAGAUGACGCCGAUGCGGAAGCCCAGCCCAAGCUCAACGGCGAGACAGACACCACCCAUCCGUCUCCUGCCACUGCUAUGCAAGACCUGAAAGACCAGAAGCUGAAGCAAGCGCUCUUUGACAUGCUCUACAUACACCGCUUCGUGGGCGAGGCUGGCAAGUCGGAUGACGCCAUCGAGCGGCUGGCGCGAAGCAUGGCCGCCGAAAAUAGUCUGGAUGAGAGCAGUAUGGCUAGGCUGCGGAAGAACGCAGCCGAUUACGCGAAGAAAACGUAUCUGCUUUUUGCACUACUAGCAUAG